GGGUACCUGGACGACAGGAGUCCGGCCCGGGAAGAACGCCGUAAAAGAGGACAAGUUGGGCACCGUAAAGAAGAGUGUUGGGUAGUCUUUCGAGUGAUUUCCUCUGCUUCUCUUCGCACCAGGAAGACAGCCAUGGCAGCUCUUACAAAGUGUGCAAUCUUGUCUUUGCUCGCCGGUGUGAGCCUGACAGCUCAUACGAGGCGGUAUAAUUUUACUAUUACGAACAAAUGGGAUGUUGGGGACGGACAUGGCCGACCUGUCUUUGCUAUCAACAAUGAGACACCAGGGCCCCUCAUCGAAGCGGAGGAAGGCGACGAAGUUGAGGUGUUCUUGGACAACCAGCUCGCCUUUGAAACGACCAUGCAUUGGCAUGGCAUCUACCAAAUCGACCGGCCCUGGAAUGAUGGAGUCCCUGGUGUGACACAGUACUCCAUCCAACCUCGAGAUACCUACACGUACCGCUUCACAGUUCAGCAACAGUAUGGAAGCUAUUUCUAUCAUGGCCAUUUCGGACCUGCGUUUGCCGAUGGCAUGCGAGGACCGAUCUGGAUUGCACCUGCAGCAUGGAGGCCAAGACCUUACGAGCUGAUAUCAUCCUCGCCAAGGGACAUUGAGGGCAUGAAGCGAGCUGAGGAGCAUCCCAAGCACGUCGUCAUCAGUGACUGGAAUGCCGAGCCCAUGGACAUCUUGCUGAUUAUGUACCGGGAUACUGGUAUCGUUCCAUGGUGCAGCAACUCAAUCGUUCUCAACGGCAAGGGAAGGACGGUGUGCCAUCCAAGGGAACUGCUUGAUUCUGUGGGUGGCCCAGGAAGAAACUCUCUUGGCUGUUUACCUCAAAAUGGUCAGAAGGAAUUCGCAAACGAACAGACUUGCCAGCCGACCUUUGCUGAUCUAGAGAUCUUCGAAGCUAACAGCGGCGAAGAAUGGAUCUGGAUCAACUUCAUUCAUUCUGGAGCCCACCACGAGCUACAAAUCAGCGUGGAUGAGCAUGAGUUCUACGUCGUUGCCGCUGAUGGAGAGUUUGUGCAUCCUCAGAAGGUCCAUGCUGCCAAUUGCAAUCUUGGAGAGCGCAUUAGCAUUCUCGUACGCCUUAAUCAGAAGCCUGGGGACUAUGCCAUAAGAUUGACAUCGCUUCGUCCAGAGCAGGUCAUUCAGGGCUUCGGAAUUCUCCGCUAUGCUGACCAAGGCAACGAAUUGAAGCAAGAGAUCCCUAAUACGAAGCCUUGGGUUCACCUCAACGGAACCCUGAUCUCGUCAUCAUCUGUAGCCAUGGACGAGACUAAGCUUGCACCCUACCCAGUGCGGGCUCCUCCACCCAAGGCAGAUAACACCGUCAAAUUCUUCGUCAACAUGACGGGCCCCAGUAGUUGGGCAUUAAACAUCGGUCCUCACCAGGCGUUCCGUCAACAGCUUCCACCCUUGCUGUGGGAUGAGGAAUCACGUGGCGAGACAACCUACGGAGACAACACUCAAGGUGGUGCGCUUCAGAAUGGCACCGUUGUGGACAUCAUCUUCGAGAACGGCGCCAAUGUCACAUCUCAACAUCCAUUCCACAAGCACAACAACAAGGCUUUCGUCAUCGGCACAGGGACUGGUGGCUUCCCGUGGCCAACAGUCGAGGAUGCAAUUCGCGAGGGCGGCAUGGGGAAGCACUUUAAUCUCAUUAACCCACCUAAUCGAGAUGGCUGCAGACUCGGAAAUAGCACUGGGGACUGGACAGUCAUUCGCUACGAGAUCGCUUUCCCUGCCGCUAGUAUGCUUCAUUGCCAUAUGAUUCAUCAUUUUGCCGCUGGGCAGCAGGUCGUGCUCCUUGAGGGGGUCGAAUCCAUGGCCAAGAUCCCCGCAGAAAUGAAAGACAGAGUACAUUCAGACUUCACACCACCACUUCGGUACGGCCCAUUGGACUGA